UGAUUUAAGAUUCGACUCGAAGGUUGGCGGCCGCAGCUGGUCCAGUUGUGCUCCGGUCCGGACGUACCCGUGCAAUCAGCCCCCGGAAAUGGAUUACGAUGCCAAGGUGUUCCCUUACAGCGGCGGAUACGGACGCUACAACCGAAUGGUGGUGGCGUUGAGCUGGUUCCCCAGCUUCGCUGUCAUGUGCAACCUGUUCAGCGACGUCUUCUACACGGCCAUCCCGGACGCGUACCACUGCAAACCGGACCCGCGGCUCCUUCCCUCCGGCUUCCUCCUCGCUAACCUAUCCAAGUCGCUUUACCUCAACCUGACCGUCCCUUGGGUCAACGGCACCGGCCUGAGCCACUGCGAGCUCUACAAGUACCCUCCGAACUCGUCGGACUUGUCCCAAAGGGUUCCCCGGGAGAAGGUGAGCUGCACCCAGGGCUGGGAGUAUGCUCGCAUGUCGGGGCUGCAGAGCAACUUCGUGACCGAGUGGAACUUGGUGUGCGGUGACUACUGGAAAAUUCCCCUUCAACACAUCUGCUUCAUGACAGGAUGGAUUGUGGGCUACAUCUUUAUCGGCUCAUUGUGCGACUGGCUCGGUCGCCGACGAGGUUUCCUGCUGUCCGUCAGUCUGUCCAGUGUGUUUGGCAUGGCCGUGUGUUUGUCCAACAGCGCCGUGGUGUUUCUGCUGCUUCGUCUCGCUCAGGGCGUCAUGCUCGCCGGGGUCUUCUUAUCCUCCUACAUAGCAAGGUUGGAGCUGUGCGACGCUCCCCAUCGUCUGAUGGUUGCCAUGGUCGGCGGUUUCUUCGGCAUCUUUGCGGAGGUGCUCUUGCCAGGCAUGGCUGCGCUGUGUCGCCAUUGGCCCAUUUUGCAGGCCGUUACCACCUUACCUCUGCUCCUGCUCGUUUCCUACUGGUGCUGCGCGUCAUUGUUUCCGGAGCCUCCCCGUUGGCUGCUGGCCACAGCUCAGAUGGGCCAAGCCAAGCGGAGCAUCCGGGAAUUCUCCGCUCGGAACGGCGUGUCUUUACCGGACGAGCUCUUCCCCGGUGAAAUGUUGCUGUCAGAGAUCGAUUCGGUAUUCAAUGAAGAUUGCCAGCCCAGAUACUAUUCCGUUUUGGAGCUGCGGCAGACUCGGGUUAUUUGGAAGAACUGCCUCAUCCUCAGCUUCACUCUCUUGAUCGGAACAGGCAUCCAGUACUGCUUCACCAGAAACCUGCACAUGUCUUCCAGCAACUUCUACUUCAGCUACUUUGUCCGAAUCACCACAGGAACCCUGGCCUGUAUCUUCAUCUGCUCCACGGUCAAUCAUUUUGGCCGACGCAGCAUGCUUCUGCUCUCCGCCAUCGUCACCGGCCUGGCCUCGCUGCUUCUGCUGGCGCUGGCCCAGUACUUGCAAGGAGGCCUGGUGCUGGUGCUUUCGAUUGUGGGUCUGCUGUUUUCGCAAGCUCUUGCCAUGCUCAGCAUCUUCUUUGCCUGCGAGGUGAUGCCGACUGUCGUGCGAGGCGGGUGCCUGGGCCUGGUGCUGGCAGCCGGCUGCGUGGGCAUGGCCGCCUCUUCCCUGAUGGAGCUCCAGAACAACAGCGGCUACUUCCUCCACCACGUGGUCUUCGCCUCUUUCGCCGUCCUCUCCGUGCUCUGCAUCAUGCUCCUGCCCGAGAGCAAGCGCAAGCCCCUGCCCGACUCGCUGAAGGACGGCGAGAGCCGGCGCCGGCCGCCGCUCUUCCCGUCGUCUCAGGCGGACAGGGUGGACCUGCCCUUGCUGAACUCCCGGCCCCUGUCGUCGGAGUACGAUCCUGACAACUACUCGCGCCUGGUCUGUGCCACCAGGAAGAUGUUGAGCAAAGACCGUUUGCCGUACAGAAUAGCCGUGCGCCUGCUGUCUGAUGGGAGCGAAGCGCCGGAGCAGGAGAGCGAACCGCUGAGGGAAGCGUCGGAACACUGAAUGGUCAUCGGUGACAAUGGAACCAACCGUGCCUGCUGGUUGCUUAUGUGGGAGCUCAUCAUUUCAUUAGGAAGAACGGCUUCAUUUUUUAAAAAAAGAAA